UAAAAAAAAAAAAACUUAUAAAAAACCACCAAAUCCACCAAUAUCUCUCUUUUACUUAUACUUUCUCUUUAAUUUACCAUCAAUUUACAAUCACUCUAGUCUCUUCAGUUUAUAUUGAGAAUUCAAUAUGACUUUAUCUCCUGAUAAUGUCCAAUCUUCACUAUCUUCAACUUCAAAUGAACCAAAUUCAAAUUCAAAUUCAAUUAAUUCCUCUGAUCUUCUCUUGUCCCCUUCAAUAAUUGACCUGUCUUCUUCUUCUCCUUCAAAUAUCAACAACCCUAUUAUUCUUAACAAUAACAAUGAUUCAAUAUCAAAUCUAAACUCAAAUACAAAUACAAACAGAGUGGGCGUUAUCUUUGAAGAUGAUGAGUCCUCUGCCUUUGAUUCCAAUAGCUACAAUAGCAACAAUAGUAAAAACAGUAAAAACAACACCAAUAAAAACAACACCAUCAACAAUAAUCUUGAUACUUUACAUGAUCAAGACAUCAUCCAACUCAAUACUCAAAAUAAUAUCAAAUCUAAUAACUCCAAUAACACCAACUCAAAAUCAAACGAUCUUAACAAUAACUUCUAUUUACAAGAAUUUGGUAGCGACAUUAAAGUUUUAAACUACUACAGAUCUUCAAGCUUGAAUUUAUCAACAAAAAAACUAUACCAAGAUAUCAACAACAUCAACAACAUCAACAACAAAAGAGACUCAACUGAUACAAAUACUACUCUAAACAAUAACCAAUUUCAACUAACGCCAGUAAGCAGUAACAACGAAAUUACAACUACCGCCAAUAUCACCACCAAUAAUAACAACAACAAUAACAGAAACUCUCUACCUGCAAUUAAUAGAAACCCUUCUUUUAACAAAAACGUCUCCCCAAGAUCAAGAAGUUAUAUACUACCUUACAACAACACCCCUAAAUCAAAUAUCGCAAGAAAAUCAAUCCUCUCUUUUCAAUCUGUCACAAGCUCAACUACUCAAAAUAAUCAAAAUAAUCAAAAUCAGUACCAAUACCAAUACCAAUACCAAAAUUAUCCUCAGCAAAUUCAGUCUCCAAUCUUAAACACCCAAGACGAUGAUUACGACCUAAUCAACAAACCCUUUCCCCUAUCAAAACCAUUUUUAUUCAAUACUGCUACAAACAACAAAAACACUACCACCAAUAACAAUAAAGUCGACUUUAAAGAAUUAAACACAACCGCUGGCUCCCAAAAUUUCCCUCUUGAUAAAAUAAACACCUUCAAAUCUAUUGACUAUAAUUCUUCUCUUAAUAAAAUUUCAUUCAACAAUAACAGCCACACAAACCUACUAAAAGCUCAAAAACACAGAUCUGCUUCUGAUGCCAUUUUAAUUUCAAGUCCAACUCUUCGUUCAAAUAACACAAGACACCACUCUCUUUACAACAACAUCAGAAAUAUCAGCCAAUAUCAAGACGAUAUCUAUUCAAAUGACACACCUUUCAACAACAUAUCUGAUAACGAACUAUCUCAGAGCCAUCACCACCAUCACCAUCACCAUCACCAUCGAAAAUUAAAACUUCUUUCUGUUAAAUCAACCAAAACAUCGCCCUCUUCGGCCUCAAACUCCAGCUUGAACUUGAAAUACAGCGCCAACAACAGCACCACAAACAGCAUCGCCAACAGUCAGAACAACAGCUGCAUCCACCUCCACGACUACAACCGUUCCAACAACCCUUCUAUUCCUACCCAUCAGCUCAAUAAUCUGGUUCACACCUUCCAGUCGUGGUUGGUUCCUGCCAACACUUGCGAUUCCUCCUUCUCCUCCCACCAUAGAAAGAAUAAAUCCAACAACAGCAGGACCGACGACGAGCGUUCUGUGCUAAGCAGAGUGUCUAUUUCCAGUGAUUUCUCCUACAAGAGCCAUUCGAGCCACACAAGCAAGUUGAUCUUAGGCAAUCCCAAUCACGUCAAACGCAGUUCCAACAUUAAAAUCAUUGAGAGGUCAAAGGUUGAUCCUCUUGAUAAAUCAAGCUCCUUGAAAAGCACUGCUGACGCUCAAAGUAUAUCACACUCAAUUUCCUCGAGAAACAAAAGAAACUCCCUAUUCGAAGCUAAAUUUUUCCUUGGAAAUGAUUCCUCUUCGGAUUUGGUCAUGUCCUCAAACUCUUUUGCUCCAACUGACACAUCAAAUAACUAUUUCAAUAAAUCCGUAUCUGCUUCAAGAGAACCUUCUUCUUUAUUACCUUCUCCUUCAAUCAAAAUUAGAAGAAAGCUAUCAAAACUUAAAGAAAGAUCAAAUUCAAAAAAAUUAUCAAUUAAUACUCAUAUAACUCAGGAAUCAGCCUUUGCUAUAUCCCCUUAUUCUCAGUGUUCUCCAUCCACUCGAUCAAGCACAUCUUCUCCUUCAUCAACAAAUUUGUUGAACAAAUUUGUUUGCGGUAUUAAAAGAGUCGCAUCAACCACCAAAAACUCUAGAAACAAUUUUCACAACAUCCAACCCACUCAUGAAACUGAAUCUAAAUUCAUUGAUUAUACUUACUCAGACUUCAAUGAUGAUAAAAUCGAUUUCAAUACCAUUAAAAUUAAACCUAUGAAACCCAAAAUUAUUUCAAAUGGAAAUAGUGCCAAUAAUUCUCCCAUCUCAACCAUCCCUUAUAACGAUGAUUUUCCAUAUGUUAUUCAACCUUCAGCGUCUCAAAGCAACAACUAUUUUAACAUACAGCCAUCCGCAACUCAGAGUAACAGUUCCUCUCACAGUAUGAAAAAAAGAUCCUCUUUACUUUCUUUUUCAGGUAUUCAACUAUCAAAAUCUUCGAGAAGUAGAAAAAACUCCUACACUUUUUCUUCAAUUAAUAACAACAGAAAACAAUCUUCAUCUUCCAUAAAAUUACCUUACAAUAUGGGUUUAAAUAACCAUCAUCAAACUGUUUCCAUCGAUUCAAGCUUCUCAAAAAAUAGUAAUACUACUAAUACCAGUUAUUCUACUAACUACAAUCAUAUCGGUUUACCUUCUCUUAUUGCUAGCUCUAACACAACUAAUACUGUUAGCAGUAUCAACUCUCCUUUAACUAGUACAACCCCUUUAACUUCUCCCGUCAUUAAUGUUAAUGCUAGAUUCACAUCUUAUGGUUCUGAAGAAAAUCUUUCAUUUUCCGAUCUUGCACAAAACAGAAAUCUUGGACUUGAUAUCUCUAAAAGAGACCAAGUUCAAGAUAAUUCCAUUUCUUUUUUCAAUGAUUUAAUCCCUAAUACUAAUUCUGAUAAAUUUGAAACUUCAAAAUACAUUGAUUACGGCUCCAAAUAUUUUAACAAAAAUAAAUCAGCUAGCUCGGAGAAUAGAUCACCUGGAAUCACAAAAAUCUCUACUGCCACUGAUCUAAUAACAUUAUCAAAUGAAUCUCCCCAAAAGAAAAAGUUAGACUUGUUGACAGAACUUCAGAAUUGUAUUGAACAGAUGAAUUUAGAGGAUUUUGCUUUUGAAAUGACAGAAAAAAGAAUAUCACAAUCUGGCUGGUAUUCUGAAACCAAUAUUAAUGACAUGAGAAAACGAAAACUAGCCACACAUAACAAAUGGUUAUCUAAAAUUAAUAUUCUUAAAGACAAGAUAGAUCAUAUAAGUUUGGUUAUUAAUAAAAUGACAGAUGAUGAAUCUUAUAGUGAUAUUAAAUUUGAAGAUAUAAAUUCAGACAUGGAUUUUCCUCGUACAUCAUUUUCUAUUGAUCUUUAAGAAUAUUUUUUUUCUUCGUUUUACUUUUUUAUUUAAUUUUUUUAAAGAAGCAUAACAUUAAGUGACGUUUU